AUGCGAAGCGCGGGCGCGGAGCAAGACCACAGCCGUGCCACGCUGCGAGGAGAAGAAAGCGCGAGAGAAAAGCGAAUGGCGGGUGCCGAGGGAGCCGCAGGCCGCGAGACGCGCCCUGCGGGCGAUGACGAGAGUCCGUCCGGCGCUGCGUCGCGGCGAAGACUCUCGUCAGGCUCAGAGGAACUGGAAGACGACGAUGAAGAUCUCUGCUCGGAGUACGUAUACGAAGACGAAGGAUACCUGGCGGACGAGACGCUCGCGGCGGCCGAAGUUCAGUCCAUGGAGCAACGAAAGCUUCCGUUUCGCGCGCUCACGCCGGACGAACUGUGGGCGCGCAUGCGCGAGAUCCUGCAGGAAUCAACUGAGCUUCUCGGCGUAGACGAAGAAGUCGCUGCGUUACUUCUGAGAACUUACCGCUGGCACGCAGACGACCUCAUUCAGGAGUGGUUUUCCGAACGCAGCGCCGUUCUAAAGAAAGCGCGCCUUCCCCUGCCAGAAGAUCAAGUGCCCUCCGAAGGCCAGGCGUCCGCCGCGUCUGCUGCGAAGGACGCGGGGGGGGAGAUGUUUGAGUGCCCUAUUACGACGCUAGUUGUGCCGCUGCGCGAGAGCUCCGCGCUGCCUUGCGGUCAUCGUUUUUCAAACGAGUGCUGGCGGAUGUAUCUCGAGGCGGCGCUGUUGGAAGGCCCAAAGAACGCCGUCGACAAACGGUGCCCGUCGUAUAAGUGUGGCGAGGUUGUUCGCGACGCGUUUUGGCGGCGCUUUGUGUCUGCGGAGAGUUUUGAGCGUUUCCGCGACUUCCAGCUUCGGCUUUUAGUCGAGCGCCACCCCGCGUUCAGCUGGUGCCCUGCGCCUGGAUGCCCCAAUGCCGUCGAACUCCUCCAGGAACAGAUCACUCACACGCAGUCAACCAUUCUCCCUCACCUGCUUCCCUCCUCUUCCUCCUCUUCCUCCUCUUCCUCCUCUUCCUCUUUUUCUUCUUCCUCCUCUCCCGCUUCUCUUUCCUCCUCGACAGGCGUGUGCGGCGAAGCCGCAUCUGCGCGGGCGCGCGCAGGACUUUCGCGGGCGGGGGCGGACUGCCCGCGACCGAAGACUUCGCAGGCCGCGCUGGGUGGCGCCUCGGAGUCGCCUGCGUCGUCGGGUGCGCGCGCCGCCGCGCGACUGCCUGGCGGCGACGUGAGCUGCGCGUGCGGCGCUCGCUUCUGUCUGUACUGCGGCGAAGAGCCGCAUCGCCCGGUGCCCUGUGAGUUCAUUCGGAGCUGGAAUUUGAAGAACCAGAGUGAAGCCGACAACAUGGUCUGGAUCCUCGUCCACACGAAAAACUGCCCCAGGUGCCGCCAACCCAUCGAGAAGAAUCAGGGCUGCAUGCACAUGACGUGCCGCUGCGGAUUCGAGUUCUGCUGGCUCUGUCUCGGCGACUGGAGCAAGCACCAAACGAGCAACUUCUACCGCUGCAACGUCUACGAGCAAACUGCUCCCGACCCCAACGAAGAAAAACGAAAAAAAGCGAAGGAGUCCCUCGAACGAUACGCACACUACUUUGAGAGGUACCGGGCGCAUUCUCACGGCCAGCGAGUGGCAGCGGAGAAGCAGAUGGCGCAGGUGAACAAGCAGAUGCGGGUGUUGCUGCAGCGGAGUCUGCGCAACAUUUCCGAAGUCGAGUUUCUCGAGGACGCCGUGAAGCAGAUCGUCGAGUGUCGUCGCAUCCUCAAAUGGUCGUAUGCGUUUGGCUACUUCGCGAAUUGGCACGAGGCGCACCAGAAACACCUCUUUGAGUAUCACCAGGGGCAGCUCGAAAGGAGCCUCGACUUACUGCAGGAAAAAACCGAGACGUUCGACCCCGAGGACUUCUGCAGAGGCGGCGACGGCCUCCUCAGGCUCCACGUCUUCAAGGCGGAGCUCAUCGACCUCACGCGCGUCAUCGGCGGGUUCUUCAGGAACAUCUGCGACGUCUUCGAAGACGAAUUCUGCAGCUGA